AUGACCCAGGCAGGCCUCGCCCUCUCACUGGUGCCCUUACGGAUCAUCGGUGCCAGCUUCAACACAACAAAUGCUGGAGAGCUGGGCUGGUAUGCAGCUUCCUACAUCCUGACUGUCGGCACAUUCAUACUCAUCGCCGGGCGGCUUGGCGACGUCUUUGGGCACCGACUUGUGUUCAUCAUUGGCUUUGCCUGGUUCAGCCUAUGGUCCCUCCUGGGCGGCAUCGCCGUCUGGUCGGAUAAAAUCUUCUUCGACAUAUGUCGGGCGAUGCAGGGGAUCGGCCCGGCAUUGCUGCUCCCAAAUUCAAUCGCCAUACUUGGCCGCACGUACCGCCCAGGCCCACGCAAGAACAUGAUAUUCAGCAUCUUUGGGGCAACUGCCCCAGCAUGCGCCUGUUUAGCUCUGAUGGGAUGGCUCAUCUUACCUCGGAGCCCGUCUGACUGGGCCAACGACAAGGACAUGUCCAUAAUGGCUCGGCUCGACAUGCCCGGUUCUCUUACGGGCGUGAUAGGGCUGAUACUGGUGAAUUUCGCCUGGAAUCUAGGUCCUGUUUUCCUCGAGGUGAUCAAGGGCGACACCCCGUUGCUGGCCUCAGCCAAGUGGUCAGGGGUGUCCGUUUCGGGUGCGAUCGCGGCCGUGACGACGGGAUAUCUGAUCUCACGUAUCCGGCCCUCGCUCAUCAUGCUAAUGGCGAUGGUGGUGUUUACCGUGGGUCAAAUCCUCCUGGCGACGUUGCCAGUGAACCAAACAUACUGGGCGCAGGCCUUCUUAAUCACCGUCAUCACACCCUGGGGAACGUAA